AUGCGUCUCACUCAAGCUGCUGUCGUUGCCAUUCUGGCCUUUACUGCCGCAGCGACGCCGAUCGCCGUCCGUAGAGAUGAUGCAAAGGCCACUGAGGAGUAUCAAAGGUGCUGUGAGCAACGCGACAAGUACGACCAUAGCAAGAUCUGCAUCCCUCCAAAGGUGGAGGUUCCUCACGUACCCGAACCUAUAGGGGAUGGCAAAGAACAUGGAGAUAAGGACGAGCACGACGACGGAAGCUACAAGCCCAACAAGCCACAGCCAGGCCCUCCAGUCAAACCAGAAGAAGAUAAGGAUGAACACGAUGACGGUGGCUAUAAGCCCCAUCCACCUAAGCCUCAACCAGAGCAUCCACCCCCGAAGCCGGAGCACCCGACUCCUCCAAAGCCAGAACAUCCACCUCCAAAGCCAGAACCACCUAAGCCAGAGCAUCCUAAGCCAGAACCUGAGCAUCCCAAGCCAGAGCCUCCGAAACCAGAGCAUCCACCUCCAAAGCCAGAACCACCUAAGCCAGAGCAUCCUAAGCCAGAGCAUCCUAAGCCAGAGCAUCCUAAGCCAGAACCACCCAAGCCAGAACCUGAGCAUCCCAAGCCAGAGCCUCCGAAACCAGAGCAUCCACCUCCAAAGCCGGAGCACCCCAAGCCGGAGCACCCCAAGCCGGAGCACCCCAAGCCAGAGCCCCCCAAACCAGAGCAUCCACCUCCAAAGCCAGAACCACCCAAGCCAGAGCAUCCUAAGCCAGAGCCCCCAAAACCAGAGCAUCCCAAGCCAGAGCCGGAGCAUCCCAAGCCAGAACCCCCCAAGCCAGAGCACCCAACUCCUCCCAAGCCCGAACAUCCACCCCCAAAGCCCGAACAUCCAGUUCCUCCUAAGCCGCAACCUGAGCAUCCCGCUCCUCCCAAGCCGCAGCCCGAGCACCCGCCUCCCAAGCCCGAGCACCCCACUCCUCCUAAGCCGCAGCCCGAAUACCCAGCCCCUCAGCCGGAGAAGGAGGAGGAUGAUAAGCCACAUCCAGCACCACAGCCAAAGCCCGUCCCGGAAGCCGAUCAACACGGUUACUACACUUUCGGGGAGGAGAUCAGCCUCAAGUGUGAGGGCGGUAAGAUCGUGGUCAAGGGUCACAAGUAUUAA